AUGGCGGCGGCCGGCCCCGAGCAGGUAACAGUGGCUUCCAGAAUGUCACCAAGGAAGCCUCUUUCUGGACAUCAGCUCCUUUUACAAUAAUAAGGAAAGCAGAAGACAUUUUUACCCUUUACAUUAGCAUAUACACACACACACACAGAGUAUAGCAAGCUUAAGGUGCAGCUUCAGUAUUCACUCAGAUGAGCAAAUCUAACACCAUCAAAAAGAUCAAUCCCUUACUUGAAGAACUGGGUCCUAAAAUAGCAAAUGACUACAUUCAAGAAAGGUGGAACAAAAUUUUGUUCAAAGUUAUGAAAAUGCAUCUAAUUUAUCUCUCCAUGACUAUCUGUGAGAGUUUCCUCCGCAUGUGAACUUGUCAAAUUGAUAGGAUAUACUUUGCAAUCUAAUCACUGCAAGACAGUAAAGUAAAGCUAUGCUGGCCAGCUUCCCUCCAUGGCAGCAAAGUUCUAAUGGCCCUGUGAAGAAGUCUAUGCGUGAGAAGGCUGUAGAACGCAGGAAUGUUAAUAAGGAGCACAACAGUAACUUUAAAGCGGGAUACAUUCCAAUUGAUGAAGACCGUCUCCAUAAGACAGGCUUACGUGGCAGGAAAGGCAACUUGGCCAUUUGUGUGAUCGUUCUUCUUUUCAUUUUGGCUGUCAUCAAUUUGAUUAUUACACUUGUUAUCUGGGCUGUAAUUCGAAUUGGUCCCAAUGGCUGUGACAGUAUGGAGUUCCAUGAGAGUGGCUUACUGAGGUUUAAGCAAGUGUCUGACAUGGGCGUUAUACAUCCAUUAUAUAAAAGCACUGUAGGAGGCAGACGUAAUGAAGAUUUGGUGAUUACUGGAAAUAAUCAGCCUAUUGUAUUUCAGCAAGGAACAACAAAGCUUAGUGUGGACAAGGACAAAACUUCUAUUACCAGUGACAUUGGCAUGGAAUUUGUUGAUCCACGGACACAGAACACCUUGUUCAGCACAGACUAUGAAACUCAUGAGUUUCACCUGCCAAAUGGAGUUAAAAUCUUGAAUGUACAAAAGGCUUCUACAGAGAGGAUUACCAGCAAUGCAACGAGUGAUCUAAACAUAAAGGUUGAUGGACGUGCUAUUGUCCGUGGAAAUGAAGGAGUUUUCAUUACAGGCAAGACCAUUGAGUUUCGCAUGGGAGGUAACAUGGAACUUAAAGCAGAAAACAGCAUUAUCCUAAAUGGAACAGUGAUGGUCAGCCCGUCGCGAUUGCCAAGUUCUUCUUAUGGGGAACAGUUUAAUAAUGGUAACUGGCUGCGUUUCAAGCUCUGCAUGUGCGCAGAUGGAACACUGUUCAAGGUUCAAGUGACAGGAUAUAACAUGGGGUGUCAGACUUCUGUCAAUCCAUGUGGAGCCACACACUAAACACAAAGCACUACCAGGAGAGUUCUCUUCUGUGUUUACAUUUGUUUGUAUGAAGCAAUUGCAUGCCUUCAAGCAUUACUGUUUUUACAGCAGUUUAUAUUAACACUGAUUAUAUAGUAUUUUUAAACACAGGUUUUGUUCAGCAGUAUUGUUUCAUCAUCAUAUUUGUCCUUAUAAUGGCUCUAAUUUAGUAAGGUGCUGUAACAUGUUUCAAUUUACAUGCAUACUGAAGUACCUUCCUGAAUUGGGACUAAUACAAUAUAUUUAAAGGUAACGUGAUCGUGGAAAUGAUAUGGACUGCCUUCAGUUGUCCCUAAAGUAGGUUUUUGUCCUGCCUCCCAAGACCUUGAAGAUUGCCAAGAAUAAAACUGCAGUUUGAAGCACUUCAGCAGGAAUGUCAAUGUGCUGUUCGAAGCAGAUUGGUCUAAUAUAAGUGGCAAACUUCUGUUUCUUCUACUCACUCUCUUGCCAAAUGUUGAUAUCAAUGAUAAUAUCAUAUUGAUGAUAUAAAGAUUUCUCUCCAAAUAAGUGGUCUGCCAUAUGUGUACUAAAAGACAGGCAAUGGCAGAUACACUUUUAAAUACUGCAUUACUUCUGCCACAUAGUCUCAUGGAGUUAAAAAAAGAAAGAUUAAUAUCAAUAAUAUUUGCAAAGUAAUGUAGAGUAUGGAAAUGUAAUUUUUAAUUUUGAAAUAUUCUAGCUGGUAAUAAUAGAAAUUAUAAUUACUGAAGUGUUUCUUGAGCUCCAGUAUAUCUGUGCAGUUUAGGUAGUAUACAUUUGCUUGAUUUAUGUGAAGUAUUUAUAAAAUGUGUUUAUAUUAAAAGUACAUUUUUUAAUAUUUACUGAAAAUUUGCUCACUGUCCAAAAGAAUAGUAUUUUCCUGGGUGCUUUAAUGUGAACAAUAUAUUAAUUUAUUACUUAACACCUGGUAAUCUGAAGCAUGGCAUGGCUAUAAGAAGCAGUGUUUGAGAUUAGAUCUCUUUUUUCCAUGAAUAUCAGUACUAAUGCAUUACUGAGAACCUCAGAAUUAAAUUCUGAAUUUACCAAAUUGUAAGUAAGUCUGCAAUUCUAAAUGUGAUGGUAUUGGAUCCCACGACAGUAUGGUAAACACAUGUCUAUCUGAACAUGUCAACAGUGAAACUUUAUGUAUAAUGAACUGAGACCUUACAGAAACUGUUAUAGCCUUAUAGAUACUUUGGAGAGAGAAGGUGUUUUGUACUAAAAGACCAGCUCAUUUUAAGAUUCUCCCCUUCUUCGCAUUUGUUUUUUAAAAUAUUUUUUAUGCAGUAGCAUCAAGUAACCUUAAUGGAGACCACAAAGGUGACUUGAUAAGCACUUGACAAGUUUUUCCAGAUAAGCACACACUAUGCUUCCUGAAAGUUGUACAAAUGUUACAUAUUAACUUCAGAAUUGAAUUUUUCAUUUGUUACGGGAAGACAAAUAACAAUCUAGUUUUGUUUUAUAGCUCGCAAAGCACAGAGAAAUCCACAAAGGACAAGUCAGUCCCUGCUGCAAAGAACUUCCAAUCUGAGGUUUUGAUUCCUGCCUUUGACUAGAAGUCAGUAGGCUCUAAAUGGGUGGAAGUGAUUUUAGAGAGGGGAAUGGGCAGGUCAGAGGGGUCACAUAAGGAAAAUAUGUCAGUAAAAUUGCAUAAAGGCACAGCAGAAGUUUUGAUUCUCAGUUUCAGGUCAGGGUUAUUUUGAACAAAAAUGGAAUAAAAUACAAGAAAAGUCACUUAAUUGCUCACAGUAGAGAUUAUGGAAAAAUGCUAACAUUUUGCACACUACAUUUAUAGUUUUACUACAGUUAGUAUUUAUUAAUUGUGUCAGAGAUUUUGCUGAAAGCAUGCAUGCAUACAUCUUUUUGCUGCUCUAAAUGGUGCCCUAAUUGGUAUUUGUUACAAUUAAGUGGAAGAAACAAACCAUGACAGUGUUAGAACUUUUGUUCUCUUACUAAUAGUAGUAUCAGCAGAACCCUCAAAGCUGAAAUAGAUCUUGGUAAAUAACAAAUACUGCCUUGAUAAAUAGACUACAUAUAAAGAACACACUAUAGCUCUUGGCUGGUUAACACUGUUAUUUCUAUGUGGUAAUACUAGAUUCUUUACCUGUAACUAUCAGAAUUCUUUUUAAAAUACUACAUGCUGAAAAAAUUGUCACAAAGCUGCUUUUAAAUUAUGAUUUGGAUAAUUGUUUUUUGAAGUGUAGAUUUUCAGUCAAAACUGAGAAAACACGAUUUUACAGAUAGCAAUGAAUAUAAAUUAUCAAUUUGUUGGCCAUUAUUUAUGUAUUGUUAAUGUAUUUUGUUGCUUUCACUACAGAGUUUGAGAAAUGUUGGUGCUUUACAUACCUUGUGGUGUGCAUUUUUUGUGGUUUAUCUUUUAAUUGCCUAACAUACGUUUUUCUAUACUUGUUAAAAAUACUGUGUGAAAUUUAUUUCAAUCUUGCGGAUGCACUUGAGAGUCUAGAUGUAUUUAAAGACCAGACUACAUGCCUUUAAAAAAUACAGCACUGGGUACUUUAAAACAACUUGUAUGUGAAGAAUUAUCUGCAUCUGUAAAGGUGGUGGAUGUUUCAGUAAGUAAAAGACAAUUUGAUUUCUCACCUUUGUUUUGAAAUGGAACAAUAAAUUCUAAGACACAA